AUGGAAAAAAACUCGUCAAAAACGAUAGAAAUCACUGUAAUCUCAGGCGAAGACCUGUGGGUGAACCGGAGGCAACGGGUAAAGAAAAACGCUUUUGUUAUCGUUCAAACAGAUUCAUCAAGAGCAACAAAAAUGGAUACAGAUGGUGGAAGCUACCCAGUAUGGAAUGAAAAGUUUGUUAUGGAAUUGCCCAUGCAUGCACGUUUUAUUAAUGUGGAAGUUCAAUGCAAGGCCUUUUCCGGCGGAAAUAAUCUAAUCGGAACCGCGAGAAUCCCGGUUUCGGAUUUUUCCGGCGGGUAUCUUCCGGAGAAUUAUUUGAAUUUUUUGAGUUACAGGCUGAGGGAUGGGAAUGGGGAGAAAAAUGGGAUUAUUAACCUUUCUGUGAAGGUGAUAGGGCAGGAAAAUACGAGCUGCGCCGCCAGUUGUUCGAGGCCAUGGACGGCGGUUCCGGUGGACAACAAGGUUUCCGGUGGAAUUGUGACGGGUAUUCCAGUGCCAUAUGGAUAUUGA